UGAGAGUUAGGGAUGGAGGGGUGUCGUAGCCGUUGGCCCAGCGGGGACUCAAAAAAAAUCAGAGCAAUCACCUCCAAUAAAGGCGAGGGAACCUGCCUUGCGCAAGCCCAGCGAGGGUGCACAGUUGUGAUUUUUUUUUUUAAUCUAGACCUUUUUUAAAAUAUAUAAAAAGGCACCCAAAAGUCCAGUUCUUGCAAAGGUGCAGCGUGUUGUCUCCUGGAUGAAGUUUGCAGCUGGAUUCGGUACCAAGUUUCGGCUAGAUAACCCCGAAGCCUUUAAAUCAGCAGUUUUCCUGGGAGCGUUUGAACGGGAGGGGGAUUUAAUUGAAUAGAACCUCCGAAGGAUAGUAUCUCAGAGGUUGAUGAUUAGGCCAUAAUGACAGCUGAAGAUUCUACAGCGAGGAUGGAUAAUGAUUCCUCCAGCAUGCAGACAAAUAAAAUUCCCGAAGGGCUCUCGGGCGUGCCAAACGAGGCCGCACUAUUGCAAUUGUUAGAUCGCACCAGUUACACCAUGAUUCAGGAGAACGGGCAACGAAAGUAUGGAGGUCCACCCCCUGGCUGGGAAGGCUUACACCCUCCUCGGGGCUGCGAGGUCUUUGUGGGCAAAAUUCCUCGGGAUGUCUACGAGGACGAGCUGGUCCCCGUCUUUGAGACCGCGGGACGGAUCUACGAAAUGCGGCUGAUGAUGGAUUUUGACGGUAAGAACCGCGGCUACGCCUUCGUGAUGUACACCCAGAAAUACGAAGCCAAGCGUGCAGUCAAAGAACUCAACAACUACGAGAUCCGUCCGGGACGACUGUUAGGGGUGUGUUGCAGCGUGGACAACUGCCGGCUCUUCAUCGGUGGGAUCCCCAAGACGAAGAAGAGGGAGGAGAUCCUGGACGAGAUCUCCAAGGUGACGGAAGGCGUGCUGGACGUCAUCGUCUACGCCAGCGCGGCCGACAAGUUGAAAAACCGAGGCUUCGCUUUCGUGGAGUACGAAAGCCACCGAGCGGCCGCCAUGGCGAGAAGGAAGCUGAUGCCUGGACGGAUCCAGCUGUGGGGGCACCAGAUCGCUGUCGAUUGGGCCGAGCCGGAAAUCGAUGUGGACGAAGACGUCAUGGAGACGGUGAAAAUCUUGUACGUGAGGAAUUUGAUGAUCGAGACCACGGAGGAGACCAUUAAGAAGGUCUUUGGUCAGUUUAACCCCAGCAGCAUAGAACGGGUGAAGAAAAUCCGAGAUUACGCUUUCGUGCACUUUACCAGCCGCGAAGACGCGGUUCAUGCCAUGAAUAAUCUCAACGGCACCGAACUGGAAGGGUCGUGUCUGGAGGUCACUUUGGCCAAGCCGGUAGACAAAGAGCAGUAUACCCGAUACCAGAAAGCCGCCAAGGGUGGAGGAGGAGGAGGAGCAACAGCCGCCGAAGUGACUCAGCAACCUAACUAUGUUUACUCUUGUGAUCCGUACACGCUCGCCUAUUACGGGUACCCGUACAAUGCCCUGAUUGGUCCAAAUCGAGAAUAUUUUGUGAAAGACUUACAAGCAGGCAGCGUUAGAGGCAGAGGACGGGGCACAGCAGGCAACCGUGUGCCUGGCCCGAGAGGAUCCUACCUGGGGGGUUACUCCGCAGGCCGCGGCAUCUAUAGCAGAUACCACGAAGGGAAAGGGAAACAGCAAGAAAAAGGCUACGAGAUGAUGCCCAAUCUGGAAUUGUCUACCGUCAGCCCCAUGGCAAUGAAACCUGGAACAGUGGCAAUUCCAACCAUUGGAACCCAAUAUUCCAUGUUCCAAGCCACACCAGCCACCAAGGUGAUUGAUGAUGGGAAGAUCCAUGCAAUGGAACAUAUCAUCAGUCCUAUCAGCGUCCAGCAGGAUCCAGCCAGCGCCGCCGCGGCCGCUGCAGUGGCAACAGGUGCUGUCAUACCUGCGGUGUCCACCCCGCCUCCUUUCCAGGGCCGUCCGAUAACUCCCGUGUACGCCAUGGCACCUAGUAUGCAGAGAAUUCCAGCCGCGGGAAUCUACGGCGCAGGUUACAUUCCCUUCGCGGCUCCUGCGACUGCCACCACAAUUGCCACACUACAGAAGAACGCGGCUGCCGCCGCCGCCGCUUAUGGAGGAUACGCGGGGUACAUCCCGCAAGCAUUUCCAGCUACCGCCAUUCAAAUCCCCAUCCAUGAUGUCUAUCAAACCUACUGAGACUUGCUGGCCAAGGGUUGGGGUGGGGGUGUCACGGCUGGUCGAAGCUGAAGGAACAUUUUACUAUUUAUGAAGAAAAACCUACUGUAGAAUUUCAUGCUUGGAUGUCAGUAAACAGAGGAUAAAAACCUGAACGUGAAAUUUCUCACCGACACAGCAUCAUGUUUGAAAUCUUUUAUACAGAUGAAGUUUUUACUAACUUUGUAGGCCUAUCGGGUUUUUGGGGUUUUUUAUUUUAAGAAAGGAAAGAGGAAAAAAAACGCGAUGCGAAUUCCUACAUUUCUAACAUGGCUGGUUUUUGAAAGCUGUGCUUCCCCUUACAGGUUUAUAUUCCGUUGUAGAGUCUUUCUUUCUUUCUUUCUUUUUUUUUUUUUUUUUUUUUCUUUCUUUCUUUCCUUUUUAGCCGUUUUAUUUUCGCUGCGUUUGUGCUAUGAAGGUUAUUUUUUUUAGUUAAGUCCUGCACUCCAGAAUUGUCUAUUUUGUAGGGCCUUGAAUAAUAUAUCAAGUAAAUAUUAAAAAAAAGUGAGCCUUAAGUGGAUAGGGGGAAAGUUUUUUAAAGCAAUAUAUUUUGAAGACUAUAUUCGAUAUUUAAACCAUAAUGCAAGAGAUUUUUUUUAAAAAAAGAGAUAUAUAGAUGGAUACUAGAUAGUAGGUAGGUAGUAGUAGAUAGGUAGAUAGGUAGACAGACAGACUUACAAAUGUGUGUUUUAUUUAAGAAGUGAAACUGGAAAGUGCAAUUUGAAAAUUAUUGAGACCUCUGCAUUAUGAGAUUUCGGUGUGAUCUAGAGGCACAAGUGUCUUGUAGAGACCUCCCAUUAAAUACCAGAUCUUGUUAAAACGA